GAGAAUCUAACAUCGGAGACAUGGCAGGCAGAUCUAUUAGUCACUUUAUAGUGGCUUUUGAAAGGAUACGUACGCAAUGUUUUUGCAAACCCCUUUCACUUGUAAAAGUUUAACUGCAGUUUUGUGUAAGAACUUUAAGAUCUAAGGUUAAAAAUUUAGUUGAAUCUCGACAUUUUGGUAGUAUUUUCUGAAAACAUGAGCUCGGCUCAGCAGCUACUCCGAGCACAGAGGGACCUGCUGCUGAAGUGGACUUGUGAUCAUCCCGCUCCCCUGUUACGUUGGCUCCACGACGAAGAGGUGCUUUCUCCAAGCUUCUACUUUUCUUUACUUGAAAAACCGCCUUCCGAUGCUGUGGCUAAGGCUCUGGACACGGUAUGUACCUCAGAGGAGAGCAGUCAAAGGUUCUUGGAGGUGCUGAAGGAAGUGCAGGAUUAUUACUGCAAGGAUCUCCACCUUUGGGUUGAUAGACACUGUGGAUUUGAUGCAAAUAGACAACCACCAUCUGGAGAUGUAAAAGAUGAAGAUGAACACAAGAAGCCUAAAGGAGCCUUUGCUAAAUUAUUCAAAAGGAAGAACAAAGGAUUCUCCAUACGGGUGGAGAUUAAAGGUAAGAAAGAUCCGAAGCUAAGGAGUCAAAUGAUGGCCAACCUAAAAGUGCUAAUUUCAGCCCACAAAACAACUCUACUGAAGCGUAUGGAGGAGCUGAAGUGUUACUCAGAAGGCAGCAGAGAAGCUUCAAACUCAGCUUCUCACAUUGAGAUUCGCUAUACUGACCUCUUCGUGACAGAGGACAAUGACUUCACUGACAGCAGCCAACAUGAGUACUUUGACUUGGCAAGCAGACGAGCGCGAAUCUAUGUCCACCAGUCAUGCCAGCGCAUCAGGCCAAGCCAACUACUAAGUCCUCAAGAGACAACAGGACAGCCACCUAAAAGGGUGAAAGUGAAGGGCAUUGCUGGCAUUGGAAAGAGCGUAGCGGUCCAGAGGCUCGUCUAUGAAUGGGCGAUUGGAAAGAGCAUGCGGGAAUUCACCUGCAUUUUUGAUCUAUGUUUCAGGGAGCUCAAUCUAAUUGAAACCCCGCUCAGUUUGUUGGAUCUACUUGGAGAACGGUUCCGGUACCUCAAAGACGCUCUUCCUAAUCUGUUCACUGAACCAAAAUAUUUGCUCUUCAUCCUAGAUGGCUUAGAUGAGUUUAAAUUCUUCCUAGACUGGAACAGUCGAGACAAAAACAUUGGUAUAGAAUCAAAGGUGACAGUGUCCGAGCUGAUAGUUGCGUUGGUUAAAGGAAACCUUCUCCCAGAGGCCUCAAUCAUCCUCACAACAAGGCCCUCUACAGAAGCUCCAAAGCAUUUCUUUCAGAGAUGCUGUGUGGUGCUGGGCUUUGAGGAAAACCAGGUUAAAGAAUACACCACCAAGUUUUACAAAGACAGGGAAGUAGCAGAAAAGGUCUAUGACUACAUCUCGAACAAUGACAACAUUUUUGUGUUGUCCUUCAUCCCCCUUUAUUGCUACAUUAUCUGUAUGGCUAUGGGGGAGUUCUUCUCAUCAGAUACUCAAGAUGUUGGUGACUUUAAGUCUCUGGAGUUGAACCCACCCAGAACAGUGAGUGAGGUUUACCUCUGCUAUCUGUUUACAACAGUCAAACACCAUGCACUGAGGGGGAGUGCAGAAAGAUCAACUCAAAGAUCUGAAGUUCUAUCCCUAGCUAAGCAACAACUGACAAACCUGGGAAAAUUGGCCUAUGAAAACCUCCUCCAAAGGAAGAUCAUGUUUAGCAAAGAAGAUCUGGAGAGGUAUGGCGUCACACCGGCCGAAAUCCAAGGCACCUUCCUAUGUCAGAUCCUUCACCCUCUCAAAGAGGAGGCAGUAGAUAUGUUUUCUUUCUUCCACUUGACAGUUCAAGAACAUUUGGGUGCUCUCUACUGUGCCCUCAACCUCUACAGCCAGGAGGAUAUAACUCAAGCUUUGAACCUUUGGUGCUUUGGGUUACAUCCACCAUCUACCACUUCUACACUGCUAAGGAACAUAGACCCCAACGUAGACAUGCUGGACAGUCUCCAGAUGUUCACACGUUUCUUUAUGGGGCUUCUCCGAGCAAGGUUAGAAAGUCAGUUAGAUGGCCUUGUUGACCCCUCCAUGGAGGAAGAGAAUGGAGUCCCCGCCGGUCUGGGCCUGUGGUUUAAAGACCAAUUUAAAGACAGGAAAAUGAAAAAUGAAACUGCAUUGAAUCUCUUGCACUGUCUGAUGGAGUUUCACAUGAAGGAAACCACUACUAUUGCAGCACCAGAGAUUAAGAAACUCAACUUGUUUAAAAUGAAGUUGAGUAUUGUGGACUGUGCAGCAAUGUACUAUGUGCUGAAGUUUUCUCCACACACGCUUCAGGAACUCAACCUGGGCUACUCCAACAUUGGAAACAGAGGACUCCACCGACUAAGGCCAAUACUCCAUCGCUGUGAAUCACUCUAUUUGAGAUACAACUGUCUGGAUUGGCAAGCAGCAAUUCUAGAAUCUGCAAUUCUGAAAUCAAAAGAAUGCCAAGUGAAGAAACUCUUUAUGUGUGGAAAUAACCUGGGUCCAGAGGGGGUUAAUGAGCUGUGGAGAGCUCUGGAGCAAAACUCUACAGUUGAAGAGCUCUAUCUGGACAUCACUGGUGUCACAGAGAAAGGGACAGAAAACAUUGUUAAUUGCCUCGGCAAAAAUGCAUCCCUGAGGAUACUGACAAUUGUUGGAAAUGAAAUUGGAGAGGUGGGCAGAGAAAGGCUGAGGGAACUGCAGAAAUUGAGACCAGAUCUUAGGAUUAUUGCAAACUUUGUGGAUGACCUAGGGUUGCUCCAGGCCUACCUGGGAUGGGUGGAUGAGAUCCGUGCCGACAGGGACCAGAUGGACUCAGUGAAGAAUGUGGACGCUCUGCAGUCAGUGCUGAACGGCCUACAGGGGGUUGCGGGAAAAGUGGAGAAAGGAGAGAAUGCAGGUAAAGCCAUGGAGCUCCGCACAAAGAUUGAGGAGUUGCUCAAGUCACAUAUGAUUGGAGGGAGAUGAUCACAAAUUGUGUUUCAAAUAGUGUUGCAAUAAUGUAAUUACAAUGUAAAAACAUUUAGAAUAAACUGAUAAUGACUUCAGUCUGUUAAAACUGAUUGCAAGCCUACAAUUAAAGUUAUGCACUUCUGUUAUGUCAUAACUUACUUUUUUCCCCAAAAGAAGCACUAUUAAUAAAGAGUAAGUUAAGAUGUUAAUGAAAAUGUGACAGUAUAUAGACAUUUUUAAACUUCAAGAGAAUUUUCAAGCAUUUUUUGACAAACAUUGACUUCUAUCAUUGUAGAUAUAAAAAAUAGACAAAACUUCAUGCUUGCAAGCCAUGGAACAGGAAAAAUAUUUUUUCAUCUCAUCAUUGCAGAAACAGAUGUAUGCAUGUCCUGUUUUCCUUCUACUGUUCAUAUAAGAAAAU